GACACGCUCACAACACACACAGCAUGUGCGCCGGUAUAGAUUUUCAUUACUGCGGUCCGUAGCUGUAACUCAGCUGAUUCCGGGGCAGCUCGCACAUUCGCCACACUAGCAUCCGUUUAUCGGUUGCGCUUGUUUCCGAUCAUGCCAUGACAGUGUGUAAUGCUGUGUUGUUGUUUCUACUGUGUUAAGUCACUUUCUGCCCAUUAAUCGCCAUGGCUAAUAAUUCUCGGCGGCUGAGUUUGCCAGCCGGAAGUCUGUUUGAUACGGCGGCGUUGCGCCGAAUUUCGGCGGCGUCCGCCGGCGGGGAGGGGGCGGCCGGGGCCGACGGCGAUGGGGAUGUGCUGUUCCCGCUGCGACAGCGCUCCUUGAAAGCGCCCAAUCGAGCUGCGGCGCUAGCCGCCACCCGUCGGGAGGGCGACGUCGUGCCCGGCAGCAGUCCGGGCAAAUCACCGCCGCACGCCGGCCGCCUCCCGCAGCUGGCCGCCGAGCACCAUCUGGGCCGCAUCAACAUCCCCAAACCGCUCAGUCUGGACGCCGUCGGCAGCAACCAGGCCAGCGGCGCCAAUGCCACGCCCAACGCCACCACGGCCAUCAUCUACCGCGACGCGGAUGGCGAAGUCCAUUCGUUGCCUAUGUCGGAUAAUUACGCCGAGAUGGAGGCUAACAAGGAGGAACUCCUGGGCGAUGGAUUGGGCAUCUUCGGGAAAUUCAUGGAGGCGCAUACCUGCUACGACCUGAUUCCCACCAGCAGCAAGCUGGUGGUCUUUGACACGCAGCUGUCAGUCAAGAAGGCCUUCUUCGCUCUGGUCUACAACGGUGUGCGUGCAGCGCCCCUGUGGGACAGCUCCAAGCAGACCUUCGUCGGAAUGCUGACCGUCACCGAUUUUAUCUACAUCCUCCACAAGUACUUCAAAUCCUCCGCAAUUUCCAUGGAGGAACUGGAAGAGCAUCGUAUUCAGACGUGGCGUGACGUGCUGAAGAAAAGCCAGAGACCGUUCAUCUGCAUUAACCCCGAAGCCAGUUUGCGGGACGCGGUGCGUGUGCUGGUAGAGAACAAGGUGCAUCGUCUGCCCGUCAUCGACACACUAACUGGGAACGUGCUGUAUAUCCUCACGCAUAAACGGAUCCUCAAGUUCCUCAUGCUCUACCUGAGCCAGUGGAUGCGCAUCAGCAUGGGCGCCGGUCCGCUGGACAGCAGCAGCUUCAACAGCGCCCUCUCGCCCAACCCCAGCCUGACCACGCCCUCCAUCAGUAUCAGCAGCGGCGCCAGCGAGUCCGCUUCGGACGUGACGCUGCCGUUGGUGCUGCAGCGGACGCUGGAGGAUCUCAAGACGGACAUUGGCACCUACAGCAACAUCGAGACGGUGUCACCGGAUACGCGGAUCAUCGAGGCGCUGACCAAGUUUGUGGAGCGCGGUGUCUCGGCGCUGCCGGUGGUGGACGAGCACGGGAAGGUCGUCGAUAUCUACGCCAAGUUUGACGUUAUUAAUUUGGCGGCGGAUAAGACGUACAAUAACCUGGAUAUCAGUAUUAAAGAAGCGCUGCAGAAUCGCAACGAGUGGUUCGAAGGCGUCCAAACGUGCUCAUUGGCCAGUACACUGGGCGAAGUGCUCAACACCAUCGUCAAAGCCGAGGUGCAUCGCCUGGUGGUGACCGGGAAGGACGGCAGCGUCAUCGGUAUCCUCUCGCUAUCCGAUAUCCUCAACUAUCUGGUCUUGCGUACACCGGCUGCAGGUGCCGCCAGCACGCCCGCCUCCGAUAACUCGCCGGCCAGUCCCCGCCCGCUAGCCUGAAGUACGCCUCCAGCGUAUUCCUGUGCUGCAUAUUGUACAUGUUGUGCGAUGCGCCCAGAGUUUCACGUGCAAUAACAUGUUUGGUAUUACGCUGGCAUGUUUGUGUAUACAUUAUGGAGGAAAUGAUAACAGCUGUAACUGUUGUACAUCAAGUAUAGAAGUAUCUGUACAUGAAAAUAAUGAUAACGGCGUUCAGCCCAAAAGUAUUCAGCUAACAAGUUUUAAGUACGCAUUAAUAUUAGUACAGCACUGUGCAUUGAUUGUAUAAGAAUUAUUGAACUGUACAUUGUUAUUACUGUACAUUUGUGCGAAUCCGGCUAUUAAAUUUUG